AUGUCAUCACCUUGCCACACCUCUGCAGUGCUGGUAGCCUUGGUGGCCCUGGCUGUGGGUGUGGGGGCUGAGGAGCUGAGGGAGAGGAGCUGCGACGUGAUCGGUGACGAGAGCAGCGAGUCCCAGAUGGAGAGAGACCUGCUGAAGAAACUGGAGCCCCUGAGCCAGAUAAGGUUUAAUGUCACUGUGGAGAAGGGCAAAACAGAGAACUACAUCUACCAGUUCAGGGUGUGCAGGGAGGUCAACAGCACCUCCCACGAUUUUGGUGGCCUGGUCCAAACAGAUAAACAGAAUGGGAAGACCACAGUGGUGGGGAGGAUCAACGAAACCCAGGUCUUCAACGGAAGUGACUGGAUCAUGCUGAUUUACAAAGGGGGUGACUCCUAUGGCAGACACUGCAGUGGGGAGAAGAGAAGAGCUGUGAUAAUGAUUUCCUGCAAGCGGGGAGUCAUAGCGAGCUCGUUCAGCAUUAUCUCAGAGGAGCGGGAGAAGGAGCAGGAGUGUUUCUACCUCUUUGAGAUGGACAGCAGCGUGGCCUGUCCAGCUGAGGAGUCCCACCUCAGCGUUGGCUCCAUUCUCCUCAUCACGUUUGCUUCACUGAUUGCAGUCUACAUCAUUGGUGGCUUCCUCUACCAGCGCCUCGUGGUGGGAGCCAAGGGCAUGGAGCAGUUUCCUCACUUUGCCUUCUGGCAGGAUCUGGGCAACUUGGUGGCGGACGGCUGUGACCUCGUGUGCCGCUCCAAGCCGCGGGGCUCCCCGGCCACCUACCGCGGCGUGGGCGACGAGCAGCUGGGCGAGGAGCCCGAGGAGCGGGACGACCACCUGCUGCCCAUGUGAAAGGCUUCCAGCACACAGUCCUCUUCUCCCCUCCUCCCCGGCGCUUCUCUAGCCAGGUGCCUCCCGGCCCCUUCUCCUUCUCUCACUUCUGAUUU